ACGCAGCGUGCACGCAAGUGCGCGCUCCUGUGCGGAAGCGACUGCACGCGAGGUGUCGGCGGAUUGAGAAGGCAAUGCAGACUGACGCCAAGAUCCGCACUGAGGUUGGAACAGAGUCCGGCCCUCGCGGCCCCGUCUGCAGCCUCCGGCACUUUGCCUGCGAACAGAACCUGCUGUCUCGGCCGGAUGGCUCUGCCUCUUUCUUGCAAGGAGAUACCUCCAUCCUGGCGGGCGUGUACGGGCCAGCAGAGGUGAAGGUCAGCAAAGAGAUCUUCAACAAGGCCACGCUGGAAGUGAUCCUGAGGCCGAAGAUCGGGCUGCCUGGGGUAGCGGAGAAGAGCCGGGAGCGGCUGAUUAGGAACACAUGUGAAGCAGUGGUGCUGGGAGCACUGCACCCCCGUACCUCCAUCACCGUCGUGCUGCAGGUCAUCAGUGAUGCUGGCUCCCUCCUGGCCUGUUGCCUGAACGCUGCCUGCAUGGCAUUGGUGGACGCCGGUGUGCCCAUGCGGGCCCUCUUCUGUGGGGUCACCUGUGCCCUGGACUCUGAUGGGACCCUCGUGCUGGACCCCACAGCCAAGCAAGAAAAGGAGGUCCGGGCAGUCCUGACCUUUGCACUCGACAGUGUGGACCAGAAGCUGCUGAUGUCUACCACCAAGGGGCUCUACUCCGAUGCUGAGCUCCAGCAGUGCUUGGCUGCAGCUCAGGCCGCCUCCCAACACGUCUUCCGUUUCUACCGGGAAUCGCUGCAGAGGCGCUACUCCAAGAGCUGAGGCAAGCUGGGGCAGGGCGCCCUCCCUCUGCCACCUUCCACCACCUCAGGCAGCGGCCCAGCCUUGCGUCUCCUUGUGUUCCCUGGGGCGCUUGUGGGCCUGUAGCUGCAGGGGCCCCUGACCCGAGCACCCAAGAUCACUAGGCUACAGCCUCUGGGUCACAGAUCCCCCGCCCCCAGGAAAACACCAGUAGGGUCGCACAUUGAAUUAAUCCAUUUAGUCUAAUAAAUAUCUGUUGAGCACCCACUGUGUGCAGACACUGCUAGGUGCGGAAGACCCAGCAGUGAACAAGAAACCCAGGUCCCAGGUUCAAGGAGCGGUGGGGUGAUGGACAAAUAAAAUUGGUGUUUGUCA